UCUAGCGGCGGCGAACAGCGGUUUAGAUGCUCUUUGGCGGUUGGCGCCGCUUGACUUGCCAGUGUGUGUGACUCUUCAGGCCGAGUGUGUGUGUGUGUGUGAAGUGGUUGUUGUGCAGAAACUAAAAAAAAACCAGGAGACGCGUGGACUGAGGUGAACAAACAAAAAUAAUUUAAAAAAACAAGAAAACACCGGGACACGAAAAAGUUGGCUGUUUAACUCGGCAGUUAGCUAAAUAUAAUAGCACAAUACGGGUUUUUUCGUCUUCUUUCUCAUACAUGCGUACCUGGGCAGAGAUUCAGAUUUACCGCCUUCCCCACUGCCCCCUUCUUCGCUGUUGCUAUCGUCGUUCCGCAGUCGCUCUCACGUAAUCCGCCCCCGCACCGCUUCGCCUCGCCCACCCCACAAACUGAUAGACCGAAAAUCGAUUAGAGCGGCCUCUCUUUGCGUUACGUUACGUUGCUGUUACCGUUACGUCGGGUGUGUGUGCAAGCGAGUGUGUUCGGUUCGUGUGUGUGCGUGCGUGUGCAAGGUGUGGUGUGUAUAGAAAAUCGAUUGGCAAUUUGAACCAAGCUAUCGCAUCGCAGUCUCCGCGUGUGUGCCGUUACGCGAUUUUCAACAGUAAAUUUGCUUUUAUUUUUUUGCCUGUGAGUCCUCUUAAGUGAGUGAGUGAGAAAAACCGAAAGAGAGAGGGACGGGCUCUCCCAAAACCAAAAGAAAAUUAAAACAAAAAAUAAACACCGGACAUGGAUAAAUCAGCGGCCACGAACUCGGCCACUGCCGAUGGCCAAAACGAGGCAACAACAACAGCAGCAGCAGCAGCUGGGUGUGGCAGCAGCACAAGCAGCAGCAGCAAUAACAACAGCAGCAGCGGUAGUAACAACCACACCAACAACACCAAUGCCUUGCAGCGCCUUGCAACAACAACAAGUGCUGUGGUGGCAUCCCCGAUGACGAUCAACCUGAACAUCAGCACCACCACCGGCGGCAAUUUCGGCGUCAGCGUCGAACCGCAUAUCAGUGUGGAAAGUCUGAAAAAGAUCAUCGCCAAGAAGCUGAAGGUGGCUAAGGAUCGAAUCUGUCUGCUGCACCGCGAAAAGGAACUACAGGAUGGCUCGCUCAGAGAUCACAACUUAAUGGACGGGUCCAAGAUAAUUUUGAUACCAAACGUGGAAACUGGUUUAUUGGCUCAGCGUCCGGAGAACACGGUUAUGCAAGCGCUGGAAUCACUUAACGACUCGCAGGUUAAUGACUUUCUUAGUGGCAAGACUCCGCUCAAUUUGAGCAUGCGCCUCGGCGAUCACAUGAUGCUCAUCCAGCUGCAACUGAGCACGGUUAAUCCGGCGGGCGGUGGUGCCACAGUGGCCCCAGCCGCCGGUGGUGGUGCUAGUGGAUCCGCCACCACCACCGCCGCCGCCGCCACGACUUCCUCGGCCACAGCGAUGCCAGCUGGCACUGGCUGCUCCGCCGCCUCCUCCUCCUCUUCGUCGGCGGUGCUGGCGGUGGGAGGAGGUGGCAGCACUGGAGGCGGUGGCCCCACCACCUCCGCAUCCUCAUCGUCCUCGACAUCGAUGUCGAUGUCUUCGUCGUCGUCGUCUUCAUCCCGAACCCGCUCCUCUGGCCAGCGAGCCAGUGGACGAAUCGGACAUGGCCACGUGCACAGCCACCAGCAUCCGAGCUUGCACGCUGCCAACUGGCAUGGCCAUGGUCACGGCCACAGUCACGGACAUGGACACGGCCAUGGACACGGCCAUGGACAUGGGCAUGGACAUGGCCACCAUCACCAUCAUCACCAUCACCACCAUCAUCAUCACAGCGCCUCUGCGGUGGCUGCGGGCAGCGGUGGUGGGAUGUCCUCGCUGCGCAAGAUGUACGGCGAUUUACCCAGCUCCUCCGGGGCAUCUGGCGCUGGGGCAGGAUCUGGCACAGGCCAGGCCCAGAGUUCGUCCCCGCUCAACGGAAGCGAUCUCACCAAGCUGCUGAUCAAGGGCGGCAUACAGAAUAUCGUGAAGAGCUUCGCGGCCGCCACAGCUCGUCCUGUGGCCAACGGUGGCUCCGGGUCGAGUCCGGGCAAACCUGUGCUGGAGCAGUCGCCCAUCAAGUCGCUGUCGAAUCUCGUCUCCAGUCCCAUCAAGAUGACGGCCAUCAAAAACAUUCCCCUGCCCACAACGGCUGCCGUCAGUUCCAAUUCCAGUUCCAGUUCGAGUUGCAGCUGCAGCUCCUCCAGCACCUCCAGUUCAUCUUCGUCCUCUUCCAGUGGAGCCUGCACCGCCGGCGGCUGCCAGCAGGAUCCCAUAGCCGCCAAGUUGACCUCGUGUCUGUGCACACGCCUGCCCACGCCGCCGGUGCCUCAGCCGGUGGCUUCUCUGGUGGCUCCCACUCCCCUGGCCAGAUCCGGAUCCAGCGGCUCACCCGGCAAGUGCCCGGAGUCCAGCUGCGGCGGGGCGAAUGCCGGAUUCGCCGCACGUUCGACUGCUUCGGGUGCAGGCGUCACCUCUUCGGGCAACUCGAUGCUACACAAGACGGGCAACAACCGCAUCACCAGGACCAAGCACCGUCACUACCACGGACAUGGCCACAGCAGUCACGGACACGGACACGGACAUGGCCACAGUAGCAGCAGCCACUUUUACCAUCACGCCUGCGCCGGCGGUAACCAGUCUUCGGUUAACGCAGCCGCCUUUGCCGCAACCUCGUCUUCGUCCUCCUCGUCUUCCUCGUCCUCUUCAUCUUCUUCCUCCUCCUCAUCGUCCUCCUCCUCCUCCUCUUCGUCGCGUCGCAAGCUGGAGCAGGCCAUGGCAGCAGGGGCAGCAGGAUCAGCAGCCACAACAACAACGGCAGCGGCAUCGGCAACGGCCACUGCAACGGCCACGGUGGCACUGCCAGCCAGCACCGGCGCUACAACCACCACCGCGGAGGCCACUGAUGACUCCCUGCUGGGUGUGUCGGAUACCAGGACCCUCGCCGAGGCCUCGCGAAAUCUCACCCAGACAUUGCGCAAACUCUCCAAGGAGGUGUUCACCAACAAGAUCGAUCUAUCCGGCGCCGGCGUCGUGAGCAGCAGCCGCAGCUCCAGCAGUGGGGCAGCCUCGGCCGGAGCGGCCGGCGGCGAGGAAGCACCGCGCAAGAGCGGAUCGGGUGCCGUUAUCGAGUCAAUGAAGAACCACGGCAAGGGCAUCUUCUCGGGCACCUUUUCGGGCACCUUGAAUCCGGCGCUGCAGGACCGCUAUGGCCGUCCGAAGCGCGACAUCUCAACCGUGAUCCACAUUCUCAACGAUCUGCUGAGUGCCACACCGCAAUACGGACGUGGUGCCCGCAUCAGCUUCGAGGCCCCGACCACUGGAUCCGUUUCGGGCUCCAGUUCGGGAUCUGGCGGCAGUGGAUCCUCCUCGACGACGGCCUCCAGUAGCGGGAUGCAUCACGGAUCGCGCAGCAAAAUGUACUCAUCAAAGCAUCACAACUGCGCCAAGUGCAACAGUCGCGCUCAACAGCAGCAGUCGGCGACUAUGACCAGCGGAAGCGGUGGCAGCUGCUCCUUCCGCGACUGCCCAAGCUACCACUCCUCUACUAGCGCCUCCAAGGCGACCGGCGGCAGCUCCAAGUCAUCGUCGCAUAGCUGCUGCCAGGCUGAGGCGCCCAGUUCCCUGGCCAGUCAGUCCAACGGAUGCGGCUGUCGCUACCGCCGUGAUGAGGGAAAGGGACAGGGAGAGCGAGAGCGCGAGCACACUUGCCAAAAGUGCACCGUGGAGCUGGCCAACAUGAAGACCCGCUCGAAGAUGGACCAGCUGCGCCUGGUGAUGCAGCAACACAAGCAGAAGCGGGAGGCGCGCAAGCUGAAGAGCGGUCCUUACGCCACGCCGGCCACCGCCUCGUCGGCCGAUAGCCUCUCCUCGGCCGCCGCCAAUGGAACAGCUGCUGUUUCGAUGGGCGCGGCCGCCCAGUACAGUGCCGUGAGCGCCCUGGUGGCCACGCCCCUGCAACCAGCCGCUGUGCCCGUCCAGGCGUCGAAGGCAGCGCCCGCAAACAACAACAUCACCAGCAGCAGCAAUACCAAUGCCAACAGCAACACUUCGACGGCACCCGCAACAGCAUCAUCGGCAGCCGCAGCAACAGCAACAGCAGCACCACCCAGCGAAGUGUCGCCCAACCACAUUGUGGAAGAGGUGGAUACGGCUGCCUAAGGGCAGCAGCACCAUCAGCCAGAGCCACCACCAGCCCCGCUGACCUUAUCCUAUUUUGUAGCAUUUACUAGUUUACGCAGCAGCAACAAAGAAAGAAGAUGAGAGAUGAGAUGAUGAAAAUCAAGAUGAAGAUGAAGAUGCAGGAGCAGUAGAAUCAGAUGGGCAAACAAAAGAAACUAGAACCACAACUAAAGCUUAUAUUAAUCUAGAGUUAGUGCAUAACAACACCAAUUCUUAUGUUCGAACACCCGCUCCUUUGAGUUUCCCACCUCCACAACGUGGCGAAAGGAGAGUGGGAAUGGAAGGGAGCGCCCGGAAGGUCGAUAAGCUGUUAAAUUAAUUUUAAGACCCUCACACACCCACUUCAGUCCAAGUCGACACACUUUGGAGCACACAUGGAGUGAAUGAAUCAGCUUCUGGAGGCGAAAUCCUUUAAUGUUUUGUAAAUUAAAUUUAGUGAAAUUUUUUUGUGGGCAUCCCAGGCGCAAACGCAAGAUCAAGCAAUUAAGAACUUGGAUCGCAAACGACCAGCAAAAGCAGCGGCUAAUAUAAAAAGAAAAACAAAAAAAUCGAAAAAGGAAAAUUGUAAUAAUGGAAAUGAUUAAUAUAGAAUUAAAUGUAAAACGGAUACACAGACUAUGCUGAACGAAUUGUAAGCCAAAGCGGUGGCAAAUUUUGGUAAAACUAAAACAGAAUUUAGAUUUACUUUUAGACACACCAAAUCUAAAAAACACACAAUCACACACACACACCUGGCUUUGGCAGCUUUAUGUUAUGUUUAACUUUAACCUUAACCGACGGCAGGACAGAAAGAAAACACUGCACUUGCUAAUGCAAAUGCAAAUAAUGCGACUGCGAUGUGGCGCUUUAACCUAAUUUGCCUUAAUAGAAAAUCGUUUUUCACCUAUUUUUUUUUGUAUACUUUAUCACCAAGAAUGUGUUUUGAAACGCGCCGGGAAAUGAGGACGAGCGACGAAUUGAAUUUUGUUCACCUACACCUAUACUAUUGAAUUAGUUAGUAAGACUAUGUUUUCUAUUCAUUUUACAAUUAUCAUUACACGUAUAAUUACCGAUUACCGAGUGGAUUAGUUAAGUUGCGCAGCAGAAGCGUCUUAAGAAGCAGCAAGUAACGCUAACUUAGCUGUAGAUUUAUAAUUUAAACACAAGCAAUUACUUUUUUUUGUCCUACACUUACUAUCAUCCAAUUCAAAUAAUGCAAUUAGUUCUAGGCGAGUUUAACUUUUGAGUUGGUUUGAUUUGUCUUUGCCUUGUGUGCACCACAACUACUUGAUUUCAAUAAAUGUUUAGUAAAUGGUUUAGUUAACUAA